AUGAAAGCCAUCACCUUCGCCACCCACGGGGGGCCCGACGUGCUGCGCCUGGAGGACGUCGCCGAGCCCACCCCCACCGCCGACGAAUUGCUGGUGCGCGUGCGGGCCAGCGCCCUGAACCGCGCCGAUACCAUGCAGCGCCGCGGCCACUACCCGCCGCCGCCCGGCGAGUCGGACAUCCUCGGCCUGGAACUCGCCGGCGAGGUUGAGGCGAUCGGCGCCAACGCCUCGGGCUUCAAGCCGGGCGACCGCGUAUUCGGCCUGGUCGGCGGCGGCGGCUACGCCGAGAAGGCGUGCAUCGAUUACCGGAUGGCCAUGCCGAUUCCGGACGGUUGGGACUUCGUGAAGGCGGCGGCGGUGCCCGAGGUCUUUUUCACCGCCAACGAGACCCUGUUCACCCUGGGGCGGCUGGACGCGGGGGAGACCGUGCUCAUUCACGCCGGCGCCAGCGGGGUGGGAACCGCCGGCAUCCAGAUGGCAAGACAGGCGGGGGCUCGGGUGCUGGUCACGGUGGGGUCGGAGGAAAAGGUGGCGCGCACGGAGGCGCUGGGGGCCGAGGCGGGCAUCAACUACAAAACAACCGAUUUUGCGGCACGAGUGCUGGAGCUGACCGACGGCGCCGGCGUCGACCUGGUGCAGGAUUUCAUCGGCGCUGCCUACUGGCAAAACAACCUGAAAUGCCUGAAAACGGCCGGCCGCCUGGUGCUGGUCGGCCUGAUGGGCGGCGCCAAGGUGGAGGUCGACCUCGGCCUCAUCAUGCGCAAGCGCUUGCAGGUCAUCGGCUCGGUGAUGCGCAGCCAGCCGCUGGCGAACAAAAUCGCCAUCACCGAGCGUUUCCGCAGCCGCUGGCUCCCCGAGCUCGAAAGCGGCCGCCUUCAGCCCCUCAUUGAUACCUCGUUCCCGCUCGCCGAGGCCGCCGCGGCGCACCAGUACAUGGAAGACAACCGCAACGUCGGCAAGAUCAUGCUGGUGAUGGAUUAG